CGGCCGAGGGCGCGGCGGCGGCCGUGGGCCCCCCCCCCCUGCGGCGGCGCGCCCCGAGCGGCGCCCGCGCGGGCCGCGGGCGGCCGGCGGGGGCGCCGCCGAUGGCCGCCCUGACGCGGGUGCACCCGAGGCGGCCGGGGGAGUACCUGGCGCCCGGGGGGCCGCGCGCCGCCGACAGCCGCUCCGCGGCGAGCGGCGCGGGCGCAGGGCUCUCUGUCGGGGGGCCGCCGCAGCCGUUGCGGGAGGCGCUGCUGCGGUGGCGGGCCAGCUCCCCGCACUUCCGCAACGCGGACUUCCGUGGCGCCCUGGAGGCGUCCGUGGCCAGCGGCCUCCUGGCGGCGGCCCUGGCUGCCGGCCCGCCCCCGGAGCUGCGGCUGGCGCACCCCUCGCGGGGCGGCGCCGCUUGCCUCGGGGACCGCCGCUGCGAGGUGCACCUGCUCCCCGGCGUGUCCGCCCUG